AUGAGUUUAAUUGUUAAGGAGAAUGAUAAACCGAGGAAGAAAGUCCCAUUCCCGAACGACGACGUCGAUGAUCCGGACGGGAGGGAUAGGAAAGAAAAGAAGUCCUCCUUUUUUGGAGGGCAAAAUAAAAAGAUUGUAUGGGACCCGGUGAAGAACAGAUGGGUAGAUUUGGAAGCAAAGGAAUCUGAUUCUGACCCUCAGCAAUUGGCUCCUCCCCCAAAAAGCCUUGACCCCACCCCCACCAUUGAUGCCAACCUAUCAGCAACUGACAUAACAUCGAUGACGUCAACAGGACAGUCGGCCAACAGGUUUGCCAGAGGAAACAAACCAAGAGGCGCUAGAGGGCAGUACGUGGAUGUGUUGGGCAAGUCCAUGAAGCCCCUGCCAGCAAGUGCAGAAUCACUGUUGCACAUCCUACCGAAAUCUGCCAGUGUACCAGCUAACAUAUUCACACCUGCAGCCAUCAUAGAGAAGGAUGAUUCAUCUCAACAACAACAGCAGAACAGUGAAGCUGCUGAUAAUGAAGAACAUAAAACGACUACUCCCACUCAACAACUCGCUACACAACAAAAUCACCAGCCUGCCUCAGAUUCUCACUCAGCACAGCAACAACAACCUCAUCAGCACAAUCAUUCGCAACACCACCAACAAAAUUAUCAACAACAUCAACAGUUUCAACAACAAUUCCAACAACAAUUUUCUCAACAUCAGCAAUAUGAUCAACAGUAUCAACAACAACAACAUCAGCAGCAACAACAUCAACAACAACAACAUCAGCAGCAACAACAACAACAACAGCAGCAGCAACAACAACAACAGCAACAACAUCAGCAACAACAACAGCACUAUAAUUUUCAGUACCAACAGCAGAAACAACAGCUCAACAUUCAAUCACAACAACACGAACAACUCAGCAACAAUUACGACCAAUCUAUCAGAAACACUGACCAGUCAACAGGAGAGGGCGGUCAGGGCCAGCCUUCGAUGCUCCCUCUCAUGUUCAACCCGGCAGAACUUCAGCAGCUCUACCCGCCGCAGCACAUCACACAGCAGCCACUUAAGUAUGGCCAGAGGAGGGCGUACCCCAACGUUCAAAAUAAUUAUAAAUAAUUAUAACUAAUUAUAAUUAAUUAGUUUAACUGAACGUUAAUUGAAUGACAAUAACAAGGGAUUUGUAAUUUCAAAGACAGCGUGUUAAUUGGAUUAAUGACUAGUUAAUCGGUUAAUUGAUUGAUUAGUUAGGGAAUGAUUGAUUGGUUGAUUGAUACAUUGGUUGAUUUGAUUGAUUGAUUGAUUGAUUGAUUGAUUGAUUGAUUGAGCGAUUGAUUGAGCGAUUGAUUGAGCGAUUGAUUGAGCGAUUGAUUGAGCGAUUGAUUGAGCGAUUGAUUGAUUGAGCGAUUGAGCGAUUGAGCGAUUGAUUGAUACACUCGUUUCCAUAUAAUUUAUUCAUUUAUUUAUCUUAUUUCGUUCACAAAUUUAUUAUUAUUUCCAAAUGUCAGCAAAUAAAAAAUUAUUAAUUAACAUACCGUUUGUUACUAUUAGUAUUUUUGGUGUUGUUAAUUUUACAUCUGUUGUUCCUAUUAUUAUUAUAUUAUAUUAUUAUUUAUUAUUUUAUUUUGUUUUUCU